AUGGGGGCGCGGAGCAGCGCGGUAUUUAAUGAGACAUUACCCAAGGGAGUGAUGCCGGUGGCGGGGCACAGUCAGCACGUGGGCGUGGCCGGCUUCACGCUCGGAGGCGGCUACGGAUGGGGCAGCCGCUACUUCGGAGCCGCCACCGACAACGUGCUCUCCAUGGAUGUCGUCACCGUCGGGGGAUGCCAAGAUUCCUAG